GUUGCUGCGUCAGAUAGAGCGCUGUGUGAUAUCGACAGUCAACGGAGGUUCCCGCUUCAACAGUGAUUGGACGGAACCUAUUAACCCAGAACCAUGAGCUCCCAGGUCCGUCAGAAUUACCACCAGGACUGUGAGGCCGCCAUCAACCGCCAGGUCAACCUGGAGCUGUACGCCUCCUACGUCUACCUGUCCAUGUCUUACUACUUUGAUCGUGAUGACGUGGCACUGAGGAACUUCGCAAAAUACUUUCUGCACCAAUCCCAUGAAGAGCGCGAGCACGCCGAGAAGCUUAUGAAGCUGCAGAAUCAGCGUGGAGGAAGGAUUUUCUUGCAGGACGUGAGGAAGCCGGAGCGUGAUGAGUGGGGUAGCGGGCUGGAAGCCCUAGAGUGCGCCUUGCAGCUGGAGAAGAACGUUAACCAGUCCCUUUUGGAUCUGCACAAAUUGUCUACAGAUCGGAAUGAUCCACAUCUCUGUGACUUCCUGGAAACACACUACCUUGAUGAGCAGGUGAAGUCCAUGAAGGAAUUGGGUGACUUCGUGACCAACCUUCGGCGAAUGGGAGCCCCACAGAAUGGCAUGGCUGAAUACCUCUUUGACAAACACACAAUGGGGGAAUCCCAUGACUAGUAUCCCACCCAUGUCCUGCUUGAUCUACGCUUCCCUUUAGGCUAGGGAUACAUGGCGACAGGACACACGGCAACAUUUGUUGCGUGACACUACUUGUAAUAUAUUUCAAUGGUGUCACAAUGCGGCCUACUGAUGAGACUGUCUCUUGGUGUAGCGCAUUGUGAAACAAUCAAAUCCAUUAUGUGGACUGCCAUGUAUCCCUAGCCUUAAUGCUCGUUUGUAAAUUUUUAUUUGUUUCUUGCCAUAUUUUGCAACCAAUAAAGCUCUUCAACUAGUA